UCCCCGAACACAACCCCCCCCCCCCCCAUUAAAUUGCAGAUCCAGAUCCAGAAAGAGAACACUUAGUAGUCAUUAUAGAUGUUGCUCUGUUUUACUAUGGAGCAAUUCAAUGCUCAACCCAUUUGGGUUCGUCUCCUCUCUGUUUUGGGUUUCAUCUGUUUGUUGAAAUUCUCCUUCACCCUUCUUCGGUGGGUUUACGUUUCUUUCUUCCGACCUGGUAAGAAUCUCAAGAAAUAUGGGUCGUGGGCGGUCGUGACGGCACCCACCGACGGUAUUGGGAAGGGAUUCACCUUUCAAUUGGCGCGGAAGGGCCUCAAUUUGAUACUGGUGGGUCGCAAUCCUGACAAGUUGAAGGAUGUCUCGGACACUAUCAGGGCUAAGUUUGGGAACACCCAGAUCAAGAAUGUGGUGGUUGAUUUCUCUGGUGACCUUUCCCAGGGGAUCCAACAGAUUCAGGAAGCCAUCGAAGGACUGGAUGUUGGCAUUCUGAUAAACAACGUUGGCGUUUCCUACCCCUAUGCGAGGUUCUUCCAUGAACUCGAUGAAGAGCUCUUAAAGAAUCUGGUUCAGAUCAACAUUGAAGCCAUCACCAAGGUUACGCAGGCACUACUACCGGGUAUGCUUAAGAGGAAGAAGGGCGCAAUCGUCAAUAUAGGCUCGGGUGCUGCCAUUAUCAUACCUUCCGAUCCUCUUUAUGCUGUUUAUGCGGCCACGAAAGCGUAUGUCGAUCAGUUCUCGAGAUGCCUUUAUGUGGAGUACAAGAAUAGUGGAAUUGAUGUGCAGUGUCAGGUACCCUUAUAUGUGGCGACGAAGAUGGCAUCCAUUAAGAAAUCUUCCUUCUUCGUACCAUCCACAGAUGGUUACGCUCGCGCUGCUGUGCGCUGGAUAGGCUAUGAACCACGUUGCACUCCAUAUUGGCCACAUUCUUUACUAUGGGGUUUACUCUACUUUGUGCCAGAUUCUGUUUUCGACUAUGGGCGAUUUUCAUUCAACCUUAAGAUUCGGAGGAGGGGACAGCUUAAGGAUGCAAGGAAGAAGGCAUGAUUCUGUUUUGUUCUGGUUUUGUAGGUCGGAUGGGUUGUGGGGGUAUUACAAUGAAAGAAGAUGUGGUAAGAAGAUGAUCCCCUACUCCUUUAUUAGUUCAGUUUUGAGGGACCACAAGUGUUUCAUGAACGGUCUCACCCAUGAGGUGCAUUACAUAUGAGGGGAAGUGUUAGAGAAUAAUCUCCCUUCCGAGAGUGUUUGGACCUUGUAUGACUUCAUAUGCCAAUUGAAUCUCUUCAU